AUGGUUCAAAAGGCAUUAAAGUCUACUAAGAAGCCUAAAGAUCCUCGUAGGAUCACGAAAAAGCAAAAGAAUUUGAGAAAGGCAGCUCCGAUACAAAUUAAAUCAAAGAAGAAGUCAUUACAGCAUAUGAAGAAGCUUUCCAAGACUUGCUCACUUACGGCUGCUACGGAAAGGCUCGUGGCUAGCAAGGUUGGUCAUCUUGAGCUUUUGAGGGGUACUAGAAGGGAACUAGAGGGUGAGAAGAAAGCCAAGAAAUAG